GUGGGUGGCAGAGCAAAGGAGGCAUGGACUGUGGGCCACCUGCCACCCUCCAGUCCCACCUGGCCGGGCCACGUGGCACUGCCCGCCGCCCAGUAGCCGUGUGCCAGCAGGAGAGUCUGUCCUUUGCAGAGUUGCCCACCCUGCAGCCCCCGAGCCCUGUGUGUCUGGAUCUCUUCCCCGUCGGCCCAGAGGAGCUGCAGGCUCCUGGCAGCCGCUGGUCCCUGGGGACCCCUGCUCCUCUCCAAGGGCUGCUAUGGCCACCAUCCCCAGGAGUCUCAGACAGCGAGAUCUCCACCGGUGGGGGAAUGCGGCCCAGCAGGGCUGGCAGCUGGCCACACUGUCCCAGUGCCCAGCCCCCAGCUCUGGAGGGACCCUGGAGUCCCCAGCACCCACAGCCACAGCGCCGGGCCAGCCACGGCUCAGAGAAGAAGUCAGCCUGGCGCAAGAUGCGGGUGUACCAGCGUGAAGAGCUCCCUGGCAGCCCUGAGGCCCAUGCCGUCUUCCUGGAGCCUGGCCAGGCAGCAGAGCAAGCCCUGAGCACAGAGGAGCCUAGGCCCCUGGAGCUGUCUGGGCCCUCCCGGUUAGGCCUGGAGGGGCCUGAGCGGAGGCGCUUCUCGGCCUCUGAAUUGAUGACCCGGCUGCACUCUUCCCUGCGCCUGGGGCGGAAUUCAGCAGCCAGGGUGCCGACCCCAGGGUCAGGCACUGGAGCAGCUCGGGAAGGGAAGGCGUCCAGAAGGGAGUCGCGCGGUGUAGAGACGAGGGCGGACGGUACGGCGAUGCCAGCCCCUGUUGAGCUGAGCGGCGGCCAUAGCGGCUGGCCCGAGCCCAGGCUGGACGCGCAGGAAGAGCUGGCUCUGGGUUCCAGGAGCGCCAGCGAGCGGCGCCAGUCCCGGUUUCUCCUUAACAGCGCGCUUAGGGAGGCGGGCUCUCGGGGAGCCGGGCGGGAGCCGGGCGGGGCAGGCGGGCGCCCCACGGCCCUCCCCCGCCCCUCUCCCCGCCCAGCGGUCCUCUACCAGGAAUACAGCGACGUGGCCAGCGCCCGCGAACUGCGGCGGCAGCAGCGCGAGGAGGAGGGCCCGGGGGACGAGGCGGAGGGCGCGGAGGAGGGGCCCGGGCCGCCGCGCGCCAACCUCUCCCCGAGCAGCUCCUUCCGGGCGCAGCGCUCGGCGCGAGGCUCCACCUUCUCGCUGUGGCAGGACAUCCCCGACGUGCGCGGCAGCGGCGUCCUGGCCACGCUGAGCCUGCGCGACUGCAAGCUGCAGGAGGCCAAGUUCGAGCUGAUCACGUCCGAGGCCUCAUACAUCCACAGCCUGUCGGUGGCCGUGGGCCACUUCUUGGGCUCUGCUGAACUGAGCGAAUGUCUAGGGGUGCAAGACAAGCAGUGGCUCUUCUCCAAACUGCCUGAGGUCAAGAGCACCAGCGAGAGGUUCCUGCAGGACCUGGAGCAGCGGCUAGAGGCCGAUGUCCUGCGCUUCAGCGUGUGCGACAUUGUGUUGCGCCACUGCCCAGCCUUCCGCCGAGUCUACCUGCCCUACGUCACCAACCAGGCCUACCAGGAGCGCACCUACCAGCGCCUGCUUCUGGAGAAUCCCAAGUUCCCUGGCAUACUGGCUCGCCUGGAGGAGUCUCCCGUAUGCCAGCGUCUGCCCCUCACCUCCUUCCUCAUCCUGCCAUUUCAGAGGAUCACCCGCCUCAAGAUGCUCGUGGAGAACAUCCUGAAGAGGACAGCACAGGGCUCAGAAGAUGAAGAUGUGGCCACCAAAGCCUUCAAUGCGCUCAAGGAGCUGGUGCAAGAGUGCAAUGCCAGUGUGCAGUCCAUGAAGAGGACAGAGGAGCUCAUCCACCUGAGCAAGAAGAUCCACUUUGAGGGCAAGAUCUUCCCACUGAUCUCUCAGGCCCGCUGGCUGGUUCGGCACGGGGAGCUGGUGGAACUGGCACCGCUGCCCGCGGCACCCCCUGCCAAGCUGAAGCUUUCCAGCAAGGCAGUCUACCUGCACCUCUUCAAUGACUGCUUGCUGCUCUCCCGGCGGAAGGAGCUGGGGAAAUUCGCCGUGUUCGUCCAUGCCAAGAUGGCCGAGCUCCAGGUGAAGGAUCUGAGCCUCAAGCUCCAGGGCAUCCCCGGCCACGUGUUCCUCCUGCAGCUCCUCCACGGGCAACACGCGAAGCACCAGUUCCUGCUGAGGGCCCGGACGGAAAGUGAGAAGCGGCGGUGGAUCUCGGCCAUGUGCCCCCCCAGCUCCCGGGAGGACAAGGAGGUCUUCAGCGAAGGCCAAGACCGCCCCCAGGUUCAGUGUGUCAGGACAUACAAGGCACUGCAGCCAGAUGAGCUGACCCUGGAAAAGACUGACAUCCUGGCAGUGAGGACCCAAACCAGCGACGGCUGGCUGGAGGGGGUCCGCCUGGCAGAUGGUGAGAAGGGGUGGGUGCCCCAGGCCUACGUGGAAGAGAUCAGCAGCCUCAGUGCCCGCCUUCGAAACCUCCGGGAGAAGAAGCGGAUCACAAGUGCCACCAGCAAAGUGGGGGAGCCCCCCGUGUGAUGGGCAGCCGCGGCCUGGGGCAUCAUGCCCGCCUCCUGGACAGGUCUGGAGGGACCUGUUGUGUCCCAUGCCCCAGGCCAUCGCGGCUGCGCCUUGGCCUGGCAUCGAGAGUAUAGCCUGUCUUCGUGUUCCUUAAAGUCCACGCUUUGGGGCCAAUGCCGGUUUCUUCCUCUGGCAUAGGGACUGCACAGGUGACAUAUGACAAGGACUUGGGGCCCCUUCCCUUCACCCUGCCAGACUCUUAGUCCCUCUGGCAGGGGCCUGGCUCUGGUGCUGUUGGGUGCUGGGACUUGUAUGUAUAUAUGUAUAUAUUAUCUGGGAUCUUCUGGCCACAGCCUGCAUGGGCCCUGGUUGCUGUGGCUUUUCUGUAAAUAAACUCCCAUGAUGCCUUUGCUUGGA